UGCGUGCCGAGCGAUCCGCGCUCUCUGUGCCCGCUGUCGGCGUCGGGAGCCGGAGGCGGGAAGCAUGCGCGCCGGCUGGGAGGUGGGCCCCGCGGCGGGCGGCUCGCUGCUGAUGUGCGCCGCGCUGCUGGCCGUGGGCUGCGCGCUGGGCCUGCGCCUGGGCCGCGGGCGGGGGGCGGCGGACCGUGGGGCGCUUGCCUGGCUCUGCUUCGACGCCCUGGUGCACUGCGCGCUGGAAGGCCCUUAUGUCUACUUGUCUUUGGUAGGAAACAUCACAGAUUCUGAUGCCUUGAUUGCGUCAUUGUGGAAAGAAUAUGGCAAAGCUGAUGCAAGGUGGCUUUAUUUUGAUCCAGCCAUUGUGUCUGUGGAAAUUCUGACUGUCGUCCUGGGUGGGUGUCUGGCAUUGGUUCUCAUUUAUGCCAUCGUCAAAGAGAAACAUUAUCGGCAUUUCAUACAGAUUACCCUGUGCGUCUGUGAAUUGUAUGGCGGGUGGAUGACCUUCUGCCCAGACUGGCUUCUGGGAAGCCCCAACCUCAACACCAACAAUUGGCUCUACUUUUGGGUCUAUUUGGUAUUUUUCAAUGGUGUUUGGGUUCUGAUCCCAGGACUGUUACUGUGGCAGUCAUGGGUAGAACUCAAGAAGAUGUAUCACGAAGGAUCCAGUUCAGGCAAAAAGUUUCAGUGAAUUUUCAAAAUCAUUAACACUAUCAGCUUACUUUUUGAGCCAGAAUGAAUCAAACCUUUUUGUUGGGCCAAAAUGUAAUACGUUGCAGUCUACACUUUUAUAUUGUCGUUGUUGAACCCCCUUAUUGAUUUCAAUGGAAUCCGUUUCAAAUGGACUGUAAGGUUGACAAGUUUUUGCUGUUGUUUUUUCCAGGUAAAUGGCAGUACAGGGAACAGAGACUAAAUUUUAACUUGUAAUAAUAACACAUUUAAUUAUACACUUUUAUGGCUAGCAUUAAUUGUUCUGCAUUAAUAAAGCCAAUUAUCAUGAAA